AUGCAGAUUCCACAAAUGCUGGCCUAUCCCCAGCGAUCCAGCCCCCGGAAGAAAAACUCAAAGUGGCACGGCGCGUUACCGGUAAGCGCCAUCGAGAAGGUCUUGUCCACGGACAACAAGUUCGCCGACACUCUCCUCACGGAACAGCUGGGACGAAUCCGGAGGGAUCGUCACCGGGCCCAGAGGCUCCUAGCCUGGCAGGAGCAGAGCUUCGUUUUACGGCAGGCGAUUAAGGAGACGGAGCUCCGGGAACUGGGUAUCCCCCACACAUCUUUCCUACCCGAGAUCGUGAUGAAAAUGACCGAGUCUGAUGUGAGGGCGAGACGGCCGUUCGGACGAGUUCAACGGAGCUCUACGCAGCUCGACAUAAAGGAGGAGAAUGCCAAAACUUUCCCCUCAUCGGAAGAUCGACAGACACGAAGUCGGAGAGCUCUAACAACAGCCAAGACGGACCCUUUCCUUGAAUAUAUCCACACCAAGAAUGUCUAUACUCGCCUCCACGGGAUAGAUCUACCUUUAUACGGCCCUGAUGCCGAUGCCAAACGCGAAGCACGAGAGCAGGAGUUCAUCCAUUACCUCCAACGCAAACAAUCCAAGGCCAAGGUGACUCUUGAUCCGAGGUUUAGGAACCUAGAGCAAACACUGAUCCGGGACGGAACGGGCAUCUUGUUGCCGAGUCUGGACGGCAGAUCACGGGAUGGCGAUAGAAGCCUAGUCGGUGCGAACUCGACUACCCCCACCAGGUCGGCAAAGAUGCUACGCAAGGUUCAAACGGAACUGUCUCAGAAACCCGAAUCUGUACUUGUCAAAUCAGUAUGGAUAGAUUUCUGAUGUUGUUUCGUAGGGGGGACAUUGCUUCUGCCUAUUAUUUUGGAAAGUAAAACCAGAAAGAGUCUUGUGCGA